AUGGUUGUUACGGUAUCUUUAAGAAACUCAAGUGAUUCAGGGAAACCUUUGGAAUUGGAAAGUUUGAAAGAGAACCUUUCAAAGGGUGGCCAAGACCACAUUUUGACUUUGCUUGAAUCAGGAGAUUCUGAAAAUGUGAAAAGACUCGUCUCCCAAUUGAUGACUUUGGAAGGUUCUUGCGUGGGUGGUGGUUUACUCGGAUAUAUUAAUAGGGCAAAAAAACUUUUAAAAGACUCAAAGGAUGGUGUGAACCCAAGAGAGGGAUGCUAUCCUGAAGUUCCAGAGGUGGUUAACUUGGAAAUCGGCUCCGAUGACUUUAAAAGAUAUGAAGAGCACGGUUUUUCUGUCUUGAAAAACGUGGCCUUUAUUAUGGUAGCUGGUGGUUUGGGUGAAAGACUUGCAUUUGAAGGAAUAAAGAUAAGUAUUGAGCUAUCAAUGGCAUCCAAAAUUACGUUUUUCCAGCUAUACACAAGUUACAUUAAAGAAUAUCAGAGAAGACUGAAAGAAGUUUUUGGAGAAGAUAUUUCAAUUCCUUUGAUUAUUAUGACAUCUGAUGAUACUGACACUAUGACCAGAAAGUUUUUAGAAGAAAAUGAUCAUUUUGGCCUAAGAGGUGACCAGGUAUAUAUAGUAAAACAGCUUAAGGUUCCUGCUUUGAUAGACUCUGAGGCAAAAAUUGCUUUGGACCCUGAGGACAAAUACUCUAUCUUAACAAAACCUCAUGGGCAUGGCGAUAUUCAUACUUUACUACACGGUUCUGGACUUUUGAAAGAUCUUUCUAAGAAAGGAGUCAAAUAUUUGGUAUUCAUUCAAGACACUAAUGCUCUAGUUUUUAAUUCUGUACUUCCAGUAUUGGGAGUAACAGCAAUUGGAUCAUUUGCGAUGAAUAGUUUGACAAUCCCCCGUAUUCCAUGCGAAGCAGUUGGUGCUUUGUGUAAGCUCAGAUAUCCAGAUGGAAAAAAGAUUACUAUUAAUACAGAAUAUAACCAACUCACUCCUUUACUUAAGAGCUGUGGUUUGGGGUCAGAUUUUGCGGAUGAAAAGACGGGAUACUCUCCAUUUCCUGGAAAUUCUAAUGUUUUAUUCAUUUCAAUGGAUUACUACCUAAAGACUUUAGAGAAGACUGGAGGAGUUGUGCCUGAAUUUGUGAAUCCCAAGUAUUUAGAUUCAACUAAAACAGCAUUCAAGAGCCCAACUCGUCUUGAAUGUAUGAUGCAAGAUAUUCCACUCUUAUUUGAAUCUGAAUACAAAGUUGGAUGUGUACAAAUGCAGAGAUGGGCUACAUUUUCUGCUUGCAAAAAUAGUUUGGCUGAGGGAAGAGCAAAGUAUAGCGCAGGAGUCUCUAUAGACACUGCCUCUGUAACUGAAGGUGAUUUCUAUGCUGCAGCUUCACAGUAUUUGAGAUUAGCAUCAAAAGAAAAGGGUGUUGUUUGCAGGAUUGAAGAGAGUGAAAAAGACCCAGUUACCGGAAAAGAAGAUAAACACUCUCUGAUCAAACACGAGAUGAUCGCUGGGAUACCAGUUAGAGUUGGAGCAAUGGUAGUUUUGCAUCCCUCAUUUGCAUUUAAAUACUCCGACCUUCUUCAGAGGAUUUUGGAAGGCCCUAUUAAUAUCACAAGCAAAUCCUAUGUACAUAUUGAAGGUGAUGUGGUGAUUAACGGAAAAUUCUUUGUUGAUGGUUCAGUUAGAAUUGUGGCAAAGAAUGGUUCCAGGAUUGUCAUUAAGAGUCUCGUUGUUAAUAACAGUGGCACCAUCAGAUAUCAAAUUUCAGAACAAGAGAUGGCACAUGCAACAAACAACCAAAAAAUCAGAGGCUACGGAAUCAGACAUGAACAAAUAAGAGAAAUCGUUGUAGAUAACGGGGAAGAAGUUAUUAUUGAUGAUGGAAACUAA